AAUUAUAAACCUCUCAUCCGGAGAGAAGCAAGGAUUCAUUUUCUCUUCGUCGACGAACAAGCAUUCCACGCUUGGUCGAGCUCGCCGUCCGUCGUUGUCGGCCCUGCCUGACUGUUCUCGGGCAAGUAUUGUAGAAGGUUCGAGCUCUAGGGCUUUGCCUGCUCCCAAAAACUGAGAUGAGUUAUUGGUCACUAUCAUCUGUUCUUAAUAAUCAGCCUAUGCCAUUGUCUGCUGCAAGCACCAAAUCUUCUGUUCAUAUCGAAAGCAGCGCCUGUUUUAUAAGUAGUCUGAGCCAACGAAGGUGCUGUCUCUCUGUUGCUGAAGACUAUUGUAAAAUCAGGAGACUCAGGAUUUCUGGGGUAAUUAAAUAUAGACAAGGAUUGUCACAUUUGCAGGUCCAACAAGGAACUUGGGAAGAACCUGAUGAUGGCAGUGGGAGUGAGUAUGAUGAUGACGAAGAAGAUGAGCAAACAGAAGAUGAGAACUAUGGCUUUGAAAGUGAUUGGGAAGAGGAAGGGAUUACAACAUCAGCCAUUAAUGAUAUUAAAAAAGAGGUUGAACAGCUUUUGGAGCCAGAAGAAAGAGCAGUCUUGCAACAGAAUGUGACUCCUAACUUGAGAAAAAUCUCAACUGAAAAAUGGAGCCCUCUGCACACUUUAGCACUAUCCACACAGAUAAGAUGCAUGGAUCAACUUCUUGAAAGUGGGGUUGAUAUUGAUCUUAAGAACAAGGAAGGUCUGACCGCACUUCAUACAGCUAUUAUAGGAAAGAAAGAAGCUGUAAUAAGCCAUCUUUUACGGAAAGGUGCAAGUCCCCAUGUCAAGGAUAAGGAUGGUGCUACCCCACUUCAUUAUGCAGUUCAAGUUGGUGCCAAGCAAACUGUAAAGCUAUUGAUCAAAUAUAAAGUUGAUGUCAAUGUUGCAGAUCAUGAAGGUUGGACUCCAUUGCACGUUGCUAUUCAGAGCAGAAAUAGAGAUAUUGCAAAAAUUUUGUUAGUCAAUGGUGCAGAUAAGACCAGAAGAAAUAAGGAUGGGAAAACAGCAUUGGAUCUGAGUUUAUGUUAUGGGAAGAAUUUCAAGUCUUAUGAUCUUGGCAAAUUACUGAAGGUAGUUCCAGCUGACAGUGAUUUUUGAUAAACAAGAUGCAGCUAAAGCACGAUCGAACGUUCUAUCACAUAAUACAUCUGCUGAUAGUUAGUAUUGUUGUCAUCUCUUUGUUCUUCCAUUUUUUGUAUGUUUUCUUCUCUGAUAUUGAUCAUGAAGGUUUUGACGGGGUAGUCCAUUGUCUUAUAGAUGAAAGGUUGUUUGGAAUAACGUUUGUAGUAUGGCACUAGUGGAAAAUGAAACUCCUGUCAAAAUCAGUGUACAUUAUUUAGGGCAUGCAGUAUUCAUGAGUAUUACAUACUAUGGUAAAACUUUUGAGGCUUAUCCAAGGUAUUCUUACAUUCAUAGA